CCCCUCUUUCCUUGAACUCACUCAUGUUAUAUUUUUAUAUUUAUCUUAUCUAUAUAAACAGUUCAAUAUUCAUUCAUCACCCUCAUACCAAACAAACUCACAUUCCAUAUUCAUAUUCAUAUUAUUUUUACAUUAAGGGAUGGCAGGAAUUGAUUUUGAGGAUUUGUUACCAGUAAUUGCUAAUAAGCUAGGUGGUGAAGGUUUAAUGAAGGAACUUUGUAAAGGGUUCAAUUUACUUAUGGACAAAGACAAAGGUGUGAUUACAUUGGAGAGUUUAAGGAAAAACUCUGCUUUAAUGGGUUUGAAAGAUUUGAAGGAAGAUGAGUUAGUGAGCAUGAUGAGAGAAGGAGAUGUUGAUGGUGAUGGUGCACUCACAGAGAUGGAGUUUUGUGUUUUGAUGUUUAGAUUAAGUCCACAGUUGAUGGAGGAAUCAUGGUUUUUGCUUGAAGAAGCAUUGCAUCAUGAACUCAACAAUAACCAUUGAUAUUGAAUAUGACUCGUUAUUAAGUCAUUGUUAACCUUUAUUAUCAUGUUCUUGACUAUUUUGUUUCUUUACAUUUGAAAUUCGUUAGAAGAGGAAUACAAAUUUUACAUGUACCACAACUAUUCAUUUUAUUGAACAGAGAAUUGGAUGUUUAACUUAUCUCAAUGUAAAUGGAAAAAAUUGGACAAUUGGGUAUA